CCUGGCGCGAGGGUUUGCCAGCGACAAGCAAUCUUGGACCAGGGGCUGGUUGAUUUUGGAUCGUGAGGCAAUUGAAAAUUUCACGCCGGACGACCGGCGGUGAUCUGGCUAUCGUACGGCGGUUGGAUUGCUGCUACUUAUAUGGUUUCUAUCAUCAUAUCAGCUGCUCUGAUCCGGUAUAUGAGUUGAGGCAACUCGAGUCCAGUGAUGGCGGACUUACCAGGUUACGUGCGUUCUUGCUUGCAAACUGGUCACCUUGCUAUGCUGGCUAUUCUCGUUUCUGGGGGAAUUGUGCUCCAAGUCCUGGCGUGUGCUCUGUACAAUAAUUGGUGGCCGAUGCUAACUGUUGUGAUGUAUGUGAUUCUUCCAAUGCCAUUGCUGUUCUUUGCUGGCUCAGAAUCCAUCUUUCAAGAAUCUGAUAGCAGCUGGGUGAACGCAAGCAAGUUUUUCACAGGAGCAUCUACAGUAGGAAGCAUUGCCAUACCUGCAAUCUUGAAACAUGCUGGCAUUAUUGGGUGGGGAGCACUGGCAAUGGAACUUUCGUCAUUUUUCAUAUUUGUGAUAGCCAUAAUGUGUUACAUGAGCAUGUAUGAUGAAGAUGGUUAUAGUAGUAUGAUUUAACUUGAUUGGUGUGCAGAAAGUGCUGAUUCCAAGCCUGUUACGGCUCCAUCGUACUCGUUAAGGUGUGGCUAUAAUAUUGUUUCUUCUGUUUUUUUUAUGAAUUUCUUCUUCUGUUUUUUUUUUUCACUUUGUGGAGUUAUACUAUUCUUUAUCCAUAACUUUGUAUCUUGGUUGGAAGUUGAAAGUUGUGUUACGAUGCCAAUACAUAUAUAUGUAUAAGGGAU